UCAAGCAUAUGUUGCUAAAUUAUGCUGAAUCUCGUGUUUUUGUAUAUAUAUAUAUAUAGAGGUGGGAAAGACUAAAAUACCCCUGGAGAAAGAGAAAAAGACGCAGCUGUCCUCUGUUGUUUUCAGGCUGAUAAGCUGAAGUAAGUUGAUCAUAACUUUUUACUCCAAUGUUCAAAUUGGAUGAAACUAAUUGUAUUAGAAAGAAGACUCAAAUCUCACAGUUCAUUAUAUGUAGGAAGUUAUAAUAGUUUGAAGUUGACUGAAAUUUUUGACCUAAAAUGCGCCCGGAAUGCGGGAGCAUUUCAAACCAGUGAGUUAGCCACUGAAAUGCACCCAAAAUGCGCCCGGGAUGUGUCCAAUAUGUACUAGGGACUUUUCCCAUCGCAACGCAACUUGAAAAUCUAAAAACGAAGGUCGGGAAGUCAUCAAAUAAAUCCCUGAAGUUAGGAGGUCUAAAAUGAGAGUAAGAGUUGAACUUGAACACUUAGCAAAAAAAUUUUGUAAGUAUUGGAAUCUCUCAUGGAGCUUUACGAGCUGAAUUUGACAUGCGAUCUUUAUGGGGUCUUACAAUUCGACGGGCUAACUACCUUUCUCCUAUGUCAUAUGCACAGAAUGCAAUUUCCAUCAAUGAAUUUCUGGACAAAAGAUGGAGUACUCCCAACAAUGACAGAAGAUUUUCUCUGCCAACAGUCGGCAAGGUUCUUCUCAAGGCAAGGAGCAUGCAUACAGAAGACCAUGUUUUCUGGCUUUGUGUUAUUGCCCUAUUUGCUUUCACGUUUUUGUUCAACUUUGGCUUUAUCUUGGCACUAACAUACCUAAACCCACUUGGAAGUACAAAAUCAGUGACUUCAGAUGAUGGUGGAAGCAAGGAAAAGAAGCAAACGAGUUCACCAAAUGCAACUCCAAUGCGUGAAGGUCAAGAAUCUUGUGUUUAUCGAAUUCUCAUGGCUACAGAUAAUUCUAGUACAGCUAUGGACGAAAGGGAAACUAACAGCUCAGGAGGUGAAGAAGCCAAGGGAAAAGGAAUGGUGCUUCCUUUCCAGCCCCUGUCCCUUGUAUUUAAUCAUAUGAAUUAUUACAUCAAUAUGCCAGCUGAAAUGAGACUCCAAGGAGUCGAGGAAACUCAUCUCCAAUUGUUACGAGGUGUUUGUGGUGCUUUCAGGCCUAGAAUCCUAACGGCCUUAAUGGGUGUAAGUGGUGCUGGAAAGACCACAUUGAUGGAUGUCUUAGCAGGAAGGAAAACAGAAGGCUCCGUUGAAGGAAACAUCAGUCUUUCUGGUUAUCCAAAGAAGCAAAUAACUUUUGCUCGCGUAAGUGGUUAUUGUGAACAGAAUGACAUUCAUUCUCCGCAUGUUACUGUUUAUGAGUCAUUGGUAUACUCAGCUUGGUUGCGUCUCUCUCCAGAUGUAAAAGAACAAACACGGAAGAAUUUUGUUGAACAAGUAAUGGAGCUUGUUGAGUUGCAUCCUCUGAGAAACUCCCUAGUUGGCCUUCCAGGGGUAGAUGGCGUAUCAACUGAGCAGAGAAAGAGGCUAACCAUAGUGGUAGAGCUUGUGGCAAAUCCAUCUAUUAUUUUCAUGGAUGAACCGACAUCAGGACUUGAUGCUAGAGCUGCAGCAAUUGUGAUUCGAGCUGUAAGAAACACGGUGGAUACUGGGAGAACUGUUGUCUACACUAUCCACCAGCCAAGCAUAGAUAUCUUCGAAGCAUUUGAUGAGCUGUUAUUGAUGAAAAGAGGAGGACAAGUCAUAUUUGCAGGGCCACUUGGUCAUCAGUCUCACCUACUGAUCGAGUAUUUCCAAUCUGUUCCAGGGGUUCCUAAAAUCGAAGUGGGAUAUAAUCCUGCUACCUGGAUGCUGGAAGUCUCGAAUACGGCUGUUGAGGCUCAACUUCAAUUAGAUUUUGCCGGCAUUUAUGCCAACUCUGAGUUGUAUAGGAGGAAUCAAGAAAUUAUCAAAGAACUGAGCAUUCCCCCACCAGGAUCCCAAGAUCUUCACUUCCCCACGCAGUUCUCCCAACCGUUUUUUGAACAGUGCAAGGCUUGAUUGUGAAAACAACUUUUGUCCUAUUGGAGGAAUCCACAGUAUAAUGCCAUUCGGUUUGCUAUGACAACAAUAGUAGGAGUAAUAUUCGGAAUCAUUUUUUGGAAUAAGGGGAACCAACUGUCCAAACAACAAGACGUGUUAAAUAUAGUUGGAGCUAUAUAUGCUGCCGUUCUGUUCCUAGGUGGAACUAAUACUUCAGCCGUGCAGUCUGUUGUCACUGUAGAGAGGACAGUCUUUUAUCGAGAAAAAGCAGCAGGAAUGUUUUCAGCACUCCCUUACGCAUUUGCUCAGGUGGUCAUAGAGACUAUCUAUGUCGCGAUUCAAACUUUUAUUUACAGCCUUAUUCUGUACGCAAUGAUUGGAUUCCAAUGGACGGCUGGAAGGUUCUUUUUGUUCUACUUUUUUGUUUUCAUGUGCUUCAUCUACUUCACAAUGUAUGGAAUGAUGCUUGUUGCACUCACUCCGAACUACCAAAUUGCUGCUAUCGUACUAUCUUUCUUCCUCUCCUUUUGGAACUUGUUCUCCGGUUUCCUCAUUCCAAGAACGCAAAUUCCGAUAUGGUGGAGAUGGUAUUAUUGGGGUUCUCCAAUCCCAUGGACAAUAUAUGGCCUAGUAACGUCUCAACUAGGCGACAAGAACAACCCCAUUUCGAUACCAGGAAGCGGCGAGAUAUCAAUAAAGAUGUAUCUGAAGCAAAGCUAUGGUUUUGAGUAUGACUUCCUGAGAGUUGUUGCGGCAGUUCAUGUAGUAUGGGCAGUUUUCUUUGCCCUUAUUUUUUCUUGUGGCAUCAAGAUGUUGAAUUUCCAAAGGAGAUAAGUGAAACUUGAGCUCAGAACAGAAAGUUUUGCCUAUUAUAAAUUGUAGCUACUAUGACAAAUUUCAGGGUUAUCCCUUCCCACCGUCUCCACAAUCGUCACAGCCACCACCUAUUCCACAGGCCAUCGCUGGCCCAAAUACGGAUUGAUUUGCCGCCAUUUAGUCUCCUUUCUUCUCUCCCUUUUAAGAAAAAAAGAUACUUUCUUGAAGUUUAGUUAAUUAAAAAUUGAAUUUUUAUGUGUAAAAAAGUUUUGAUUUUUUGUUUUUGCGUUUGUUGGGCUGUUUGUGGAUGUGGGAUCUGGAGAUUUAUGUUAUAAAGUUUUGAUUUUUUUUUCGAUUUAUAUAGAUUUAUUUGAUAAAGCUCAUGGGGUUUGGUUAUUAGCAUGAAAGAUUGAAUCUUAAAAUCUGAUUUUGAAAUCUUUGUGCUGAAGUUUGUUCGCUGCCAUUUAGUCUCCUUUCUUCUCUCCCGUUUAAG